AUGACCCUUGAGCGCCGACGAGGGAGAAAAGCUUGCCUGAGUUGCCACAGCCAAAAGGCAAAGUGUUCUGGAGAGCUUCCUCAAUGUGAGAGAUGUUCACAGCGAGGGACUGAAUGUCAAUACUCAUCAAAUACACAAUCUGUACCACUGGGCAUCAGUCCAGAUAAAGGCAUUGUCAGGCAGCAUAUCGACGCAUUCUUUGAAUACAUCUACCCGAUUCCUGGUCAGAGUUUCCUUCACCGUGCGAUAUUCCUCCAGAACUGGUCCAAAGAUGCACACAGUCCAUAUCUCUUACAAGCACUCUGCGGCGCCACAGCAAGGUUUCUAGCAACAAGUGAUGCCCAACGCCAACAAGCAGCAACUUGGAUAAACGAGGCUGAAAACCAAGUACUGAAAAUGAUUUCGGAGCCCUCUCUGUCAGUAGUCGAGACACUAUUGAUAAUCAUUUUCGAUCGCUUGACGUCACGCAAAUUCGGCAAAGUGAUGGCCCUUUCUGCUCUCGUUGUUCGGUUUGCCUUCGCCAUGAGAUUAAACUACACCGACAAGAAACUUACAUUUGUAGGACAAGAACGUCGACGCCGUCUAAUGUGGUCGAUAUUCAUGAGUGAUACUUUACUGGCCAAUGGCAGAGCAGAUUUCACCUUGGUUUCUGCGGAGAGAAUUCAUCUGCAGUUGCCUUGCCAUGAGCGGGAUUUCUCGUUUGAUAUUCCGGUGGAGACCGAGUUGCUCAAGCCUGCGCCGGGUUUGGACAACCAGUCAAAUAUUGGCAUGAUGGGUUUCUUGAUCCGCAUAUUGGAGAUACGUGUUCGAAUACAGAAGUUUACUCAUGAAAUGGUGGAUCGGCAGAACAUCACUCCACAGGCUCGCUUGGAAUUGGAGUCUCUCGCAAGCGAAGUCCAACAUUUCUCGACAGCACUACCCCCAACCUACGCUCUCAACGAGCGGAACUUCUUCUUACGUGCCUAUACUCCGGAGCGAACAACAUAUAUCAUGCUACAUGUAUGGUGGAAUCUGUGUUACUGUGAUUUGUAUAGAUUCACCAUCCCAGGGUUCCACGAAGCAUUGCCUGAUGAAAUACUCUCAGGCCUCACUUCUAAUUUUCUAAAGGAUUGUCGCGAGCGCUGCUUGAAGCACGCAGUGGAUGUGGCGAACAUUUUUGAAAGCAUACUUAGGCUGGGAAGAGAUAUAUUCAUUACAGACACGGCACUUGGCAUCUGUGCACUUCAGUGUGCCAGGAUCAUCACAUCUCUUGGUCCUCUCGUCGAUGAGGCCAUGGAAAGAUCUGUUAUUGUCAAGAAAAGUAUGGCAUGCUCAGACAUACUGCAAAGACACACGGAGCUUUACCCGACCUCUAGGCUACUAAAGGGUAAAAUCGAGGAAAUUGUACGAGCUGCAGAGCGUGAUAUUCGACGAGAGUCUGACCAACUCAUUGGUGGAGAAGACGUCCAGCCUUCGCCUGGCUCAGCAAUAGAUGUGAAUCUGCAAUUGCCACCUCGUCAGGUUUUCACAAAACACAGUUUCUUAUCUGAAAUUCGGCAGAUGGCCAAUUCUCAUGAUGCGGACGAACUCAUUCCAUCUAACAAAGCAGUGCAAGACUCUCAACUUUCAUCUACACUCACACAGCCCGCAGGAAUAUCCAGAUCACAACAAGCUAUGCAGCCUGAAAUCAACAACUCCAUGGCCACAAACUUCACCGCUGAAUCUGGAGACAGACAAGAUACUUCAGGAGGGUCCGCCGAUUACGAUAUGACCUGGAUGCUUGGCCCAGACUUUGCAAUGGGCAAUGCUGAAUAUGAUAUGCUCAUGGAUCCUUUUCUGCGAAUGCAAAACGGGGUGGAAAAUGGACCUUGGAGCUCCGAGAGGUUCCCUGGAUCAGACCAGAAUGACACUUUCUAUUUCUGA